AACCUACAACUCCUAACACGGAGUUUUACGACCUGUCUGCUGCAACGAUCAACGUUGGCAGACUUCCAAGCGAGAACACUACACACCACCCCGGGUUCCCCCCCUCAGUCGCAGUUAUGGCGGUCACUACCACAGGCUGGCCCUACGGGGCCCAGCCGGUACGUGCUGCACCCGAUGCAAUGAACGACAACACGUAUCAAAACUCGCCUUUCUCCGAGCUCUUCGAAGCUCCGGACGAGGGCGACGAUUGGGCCAUGCUCAUGCAGCAGGACAUGCUCGCUACUGGCGACUACAACAUGACCACCUUCGACCUAUCCACCAUGGAAGCCACUUACCAAAACACCCAUUCUCCUCAGGACAUCUUCAACGACCUCACCGUUCAGUACGAUGUCGCGCAGAGUCUAGGCCCCGACUUCUUCAACUUCAACGGCCCUCUGCCCGACCUCUCUACCUCAGGCUACCUUUCCGCUGACCAGAUCUCCUCUUACAUGGGCAGCACGAAUACCUCCCCCUUCGAGCCUGUCCUCGACUUCUUCCCCGAAACCGACCCAUACUCCAUGUUCCCGGCAAGCACCGACGGCUCGCCCCUCGACACAACUAUCUCCUCCCCCGGAUCAGACAACGCAAGCGCCCCUUCCAGCUUCUCCCAUCCCUUUAGCUGCACUAUUGAUGGUUGUACAAAGACCUUCGCCAAGGAGGCCCAGGUGAAGCAGCACCAGCGUGUUCACCGCAAAUCUCUCGUCUGCACCAUCUGCCGCGCCGAGCGCCGUCACGAGCACAAGUUCGCUCAAGUGCGGGACCUCGAGCGGCACAUGCAGGCGCGCCACAAGGAUGUCGCGGAAAAGAACAACGUGCGCUCCGAGAUCCGCCAGUGCCCGCACCAGGGGUGCGAUCACGAGGGGAGACGAGACAAUGUGUCGAGGCACCACAAGAGUAAGCACGGUAAGGAACUCAAGUGGAAGAGGGGUGUUCCUCACGUGGUGGGUUGAGUUCUCUUCUCAACCAGGUUUGAUGUUCUCAUUCCCAAAACAAAUGUGACACGAGCGUUGUGAGUUCUUGGCGUUAUCUAUUCCCUUUUGCAUUUUGUUUCCUAUCUGUUCGGUCUGGGAUCUCGGUAGUCUAGCAUUGCAUUUAGACAGAAAUAAGUCCUUAAAACAUAACUUGCUGGUGCUAUCGCAAACGUGAUGAGGAGGCGGAGAGAACUGCUCCCUUGGUCGUAAGCACGUGCACCGGCUGCUUAAAGACCGGGGCCGAACAUCAUCUCCGUUGGUU